GAAUGUAACUUGGGCAUGAAAAGGGAUGAAAUAUACACUUAUUAACAACUACGAUCUACCCGUGGAAAUAAAAUAUGAUAGUAUUUUCAGAUGUUUAUUAAAGAUUUUACUUAUUAGGUACCAUAGAGAAAUUUUCGGUAGAAAUCCCAUUUUACAAAAAAAAAAAAAAAAAAAAAAAAAAACUAAACAACUGAUCACAAGUCAUCCGCCAAUGGAUCUGCACCUCGUCAGUGUUGUGUUCAGAGUAGCUCUUUGGUCGAUGAGUACGUUUCACACGCACUUAAACACAAUUUAUGUUUACGGUCAUGAGUACAUAUCACAAUUUCUUCUCACCAAUUAAGGUUUUUUUCAUUUCUCCCAAUAGCCAUAAGACUCUGCAGCGUUGUACAUAAUUCCCAGCCAUGCCCGCUUUCCGUAACAAAUUCAUGUAAGUUUCUUAAUUACGAAAUAUUGAACGCAAGCAGCGGACGGGUCGCGAAAAACUGCGCUAUUUCACCCGCACCACCACGUGAACUCUACAGAUGUUCCACUAGAGGCCAACUCUUGCGUUGGUAAGUUGCCUGUGUACAUAGAGAUGCUUCUGGUUAAACACGUGAACCUAUGUCUGAAUAACUCGCCCAACAAUGCCAUGGGUGUAGACGAGUCCUGCUUCGAGUUGUUUAACUUUUUAAAAGUGGAUCGACAGUGAGAAUUUAGAUCUCUGCAGAUCACGUGAGGCCAAUCGGACAUGGUUUCAUCGAAAACAUCAUGGCUUGUUGUGUGUCCCAGUGCUUAAAAAACAGGCAACAAAUCACGCCUGUGACACUUGGAGCUAAAAUUGGCUCAUGGGUGGUCCUAUCCCGUGACUAAUUGAGUUCUGUACAGUGCCUUGUUCCAACCAUUGUAGUCUUGGGACUGUAGAUACUUCUGCAAUUUUCAAAGAGAACCAUACAUACACUAUUAUUACGAUGGGGGGGGGGGGGGCGCUUGUAAAAGGCAUAUCGAAAAGUAAAUGUGUUGUGACCAUAACGGGACUGUGGUUUUGCUUUGAGAAUUGUCUACGCGGUGGUAGAUUGCAUCCCCUGACCAGAGCGAGCGUAGCAGGAAUACGCUAGUAAGCAAGCAGUCCACGUUGUAGUGUCCAGUUGCGUGAAUGAUGUGUGUAAGAAAUCCCGCCUAGUGCGAGUCGCGUGCUGUGAUCCACUGUCUACUCCCGAAAGAAUAAUACGCGAAAUUUUUUCGCGGAGCGAAACUGUUUACUGCGAAGGUGUUGCGAACAGAACGAGUGUUCUUAAGUGAUGUACGGAGUUCAGUGGAGAAAGAACAAAUGUUCAUGAAGAACAGAGGAAUGGCUCUUCUCAACUUUAUGAAGACCACCGAUUGACAGUGGAGGAAAUUUCUGAAAUACUUGACAACUCUCCGGAACAUUCUGAUGACAUUCUUCCAGAAACGCAGGGACACCGGAAACGGCGCGCAAGAUGAAUCCCGAAACCGCCGAUAGAGCAGCACAAGAAAUGUCAUCAGCGCCCACAAGUUUCUUGGGCUAAUUGAGUGAGAAGGUGAGGGUUUUCUGAGCGUUGUUGUGACGAGAGAUGAAACGUGGAUGGCUCAUUAUAUAUUCGUCACGUUGGCACCACACGAAUUUCCAUCGUCCAAAAAAUUCAAAAAUAAAAUUUCUAGUAAAAAUCAUAGCCUCAGUGUUUUGGAACCGUAAAGGCAUCAUUUUGGUAGUUUAUGCCUCAGGGUGAGGCAUAAAUUCGCGCCGAUAUUGAGUUUCUAAAAACUCGAAAGCACAAUUCAGAACGAAAGGAUAGGAAUACUGACGAGAGGUGUGUGCUUGUCGCACUACAGCGCCCGCCCUCCCAUAGCCUUAGCUUAGCUCUUGGACUCUUGUUUCGGCAACCCACCCUCUCCAUUUAUUCCCAAGAUUUGGCGUCUUCGUAUUAUCAUCUUUUCACCUCCCUGAGUGGUAUUAAAUGUUCACCCGACGAGCAGGUGCCAGAGUGCGAAAGGAACUGGGGCUAUCGUACAGAGAAACUUGUGUGACCGCCCACCACAUGCAUUGAACGAGAUGGCGAUUAUGUGGAAAAAUAGUAAACAAUUGUAUCAACAAUAUCCUAUAAUUUUUUCGAGUACUGUUUUUUUUUUAGAAAUAAUCUAGUAACAGUUACUGAAAAUGCUUCUGGAAGUGCAUGAAAGUGAUGGUUUGUCUUGAAUUUAGAUGCUAUUUGUGUUGAAUAUUCAUGUGCAAAGUCUCGUAGCCGCCGAUUGAACAUUGCAACAAGAAACGGCGUUCGUGGUGACGUUUUCUUCACGGCAGUAAAGAAUCUCGCAUACAGUAUCUUCUAGCAUAACUAGCAACGAACAGUAAUGAAUGGAAAGCAACGCACACUCUUAAACAAAACUGCAUUUUCGUGCUAUUUUGUUUUUUAAAUAGCAGUGGCAGAAUGGCAGACGUUUCGGCCGACGCUUAAUGCAAAUUGUCAGCUGAGGGAGGAGUUCCACUUCCAUGAAUCAGGAGCGGGAUCAAUCCAUAAUAGUUUGGUUUGUUUAGCGAGUGUCGGAUGUAAUUACCCUAGAGGGUAGGGGGUGCUAUUGUAGGGGGGAGGCGUGUCGCUUUUGCUUCAGACGGAGCAAAGAUGGCGGCGGGCUGCUCCCCGUAUUGAGCGUAUCGAUUAGCAGCGCGUAGGGGUUGACAACGGGGUGGGGGUGUGGAGGGGGAGGGUUGGCCUAACGCCCUUAGCCAGUUUCGGCAGAGGCGCAGCGUCAUAGUGUGACUGGAGACCGGGCAGUGCACAUCGACAACAGCAGCAGCCACAGCCAUGCUGAUAAACUUAGUCAAGGAUUCUGUGCUCCAGUGUUUCUGCCACACUUGUCGGGCUCCGCUUCCAGCAGCAGCCCAUCGUCGAUCAGCGCCUAUCAAGAAGGCGAAGAACAAACCUCGUUCCAAGCAACCCAAGAAAGUGAAAUUUAUCACUACAGAAAUCAGGUGCCAAGAGAGGUCGAAGGGAGGUUUGGCAUAUGAAGUUAUAUUAGCUGACCCUGUUACGGAUACACCCCCAAAAAGACCAACUUCUCCCAAGAGCACAUCCGCUGAAAACAUAGAAGAGAAGUUAAAAGCAGCUGAGGAAAGGAGAAUGUCCUUAGAAGCAAAUAAAAUGGCUGCCUUGGCAGCUAAAAUGUCGAAGAUUGAAGAAGCAUCAAGGAAGAAAGAUGAACAAGCAAACACAUUCAUUCUACAGACACGGGAAGCACUGGAACAGAAAAUGGAAACUCACGUUGAAAAGAGAGAGGCUUACAUAAACGAUCUCAAAGCAAAGCUUAAAGAUCAUUUGGAGAGUGUGGAGAAAACAAGACUGAGUCUGGAGCAACAGACAAAUGAAGUUAAGUCAGCUGUAGAAGAGAAACUAAAGACUGCAGCAGCACAGAGGGAUGAGAACAUAAAGAAAAUGUUGGAGAGGCUUAGGGAGCAUGAGGACCAUGUAGAACGAGUGCGCAAUGGUAUGCAGGAGAAAAUAACUCAGCUUGAAAGUCAGAUCCAGCAAAAGUUAGAUCUGGCACAACAGAGACGUGAGGAAAUGGAAAGAGAACAGCUGGAGAAACUGCGUAAUCACAAUCUUGUGAAGCUUGCGGAGGUUCAACAAGUAAACGAGAAUCAAGGCAAGAAGGUGCAGGAGAGACUAAAGGAACGUCUAGAAAUAGCAGAGUUAAACCGUGAAAAGGAGAUACAAAAGAAGCUUGAAAUCGUCAGAGAAAAUGAACGCAGAGCAGAAAUGGUUCGGCAGAAUAAGGAGCGGCUGAGCAGCCAGUCUGAGGAACAGCACACUGCUUCCUCUGGCUAGUUGGCCUUCACAUACAGCCUGCCCAGCUCCCUCUUCCCCGCCGAAUCAGCAACAGACAAGCUUUCGUCUCGUUCAUUGAGCCGCUUCAUAUAAGAAAUAAAUACGUUGUGGACACUUUAUUUAAAAUGAUAUAGUUAAAUGGUGAUAAAAAUGUCGAUUUCCAGCCAUAACUUCCCUCUAAAUGUUUGUCUACUUUUAUGUGUAGUUCAUUGUUCAAAAAUUUCAAAAUAGCAGUGUAAUAAUCUAAACUUAGCUUCAUGUGUAAUGGUAAUGAAAAUACAUUGUUGCUUUCCUUGUUUUUAUGAAAAAGGCAACAAGCGGCACCAUGAGCGAUCUCAUAUAGGGAGAAGAUGGUGGCAAUCAAAUUGCUGGUCCUGCGGAUUAAAUGUUGAAAAUUCACUGCCUUUUUUCACCUCCUUGUAUAAUGAAAAGGGGCCAUUCCAGAGCAGCAGAUGAUAAAGCAUAUUUGGAGUUUAGUGAGAUUAAAUGUUGAACUCCCGCUUUUGAGGUUAACCUGUAAGGUCCCAAGAUAAUCAGUGAGUGGCCUACAUUUGCGUAACUGUGAAUUCGUACAGUUUUUCUGUUUAUAAAUAUUUACUCACCUAGCAUCAUUGCAAAUAAGUGUUGUAUUGCUUAAAUCUGCGAAAAUUUAUAUUCAAAGCCACAUAUGAGAGUGAGAGAGAGUAAUAAAAUAAGUAAAGCACGAGCUAGCUUCUGUGAAGAUUUUAUGCUGAAGAAAAAGCAUUUGACAAAUAACUAAACAAUCAUGGAGAUUUUAUUCUCUUAGCCCUAUUGAAAAUAAUUUUUCUGUAAUUAUUUUGACUAUUCAGCAGUAUAAUUUAUGUGCGUGUAUUAUGUUAAAUUUUUCAAAAUCUGACUCCAAAGAGAGAAUGUUAGUAGUCAUAACACCAUUACAGAUUGAUACUAGUAAAUGCACAGAGACCACUGCUGCUUUUAAGUGCCAUUAAAGUCUUGGGAAGGCCUCCAAGUUUUCCAUUGAAUGUAGUGUCUAGAAUUUUUGAAACUACACAAUGUAGUAAAGAUUUGAGGAGACUGAUGGUUUUUCAAUCUUCAAAACCUGUCAACUAAUCCAUCCUUUGUACAUUAGUUUAAUCUUUACUGACAAAAAUUAUCACCUUCUAAUAUUGGCCAUUACUAGCUGCCUUGAGAGUUCUUGUCCUUUCUGUAUGAGUGAGGAGGAGGUCAUUCUCAUGGAGUCUGUUUUUGUGUGAUUUCUUCAAAUGUCUAUUUUUGCAUACUGUUUUGUAAUUUUGCCUAGUUUGAAUAUUUGGUUUUUCUAUUAUGAUACAUUUUGUGCUUAGUCUUAGAAACAACUAUUAAAAGCCUGAGCAUUAGGUAUUGUAGUUAGUAAAACUCAAUAAAAAGUUAAAAACAUUA